AUGAAGAUGGCCACAGUCCAGGCCAUCAUCACCAUCAUGAGGACCACCACAGUCCAGGUCAUCAUCACCAUCAUGAAGACGACCACAGUCCAGGCCAUCAUCACCAUCAUGAAGACCACCACAGUCCUGGUCAUCAUCAACAUGAAGACCACCCCAGUGAACCGCAUCAUCACCAGCAUGGAGACCACCACAGUCCAGGCCAUCAUCACCAUCAUGAAGACCACCACAGUCCAGGCCAUCAUCACCAUCAUGAAGACCACCACAGUCCAGGCCAUCAUCACCAUCAUGAAGACCACCACAGUCCAGGUCAUCAUCAGCAUGAAGACCACCACAGUGAAUCCAGGCCAUCACAACCACGAAGACCACCACAGUCCAGGCCAUCACCACCACGAAGACCACCACGGUCCAGGCCAUCACCAACAGGGAGACCACCACAGUCCAGGCCAUCACCAACAUGGAGACCACCACAGUCCAGGUCAUCACCAACAUGGAGACCACCACAGUCCAGGCCAUCACCAUCACCAGGACACUUACCAUAGUACUAAUUCAAAGGCUCACACUGCUGUCAGUCCACAUUCCCGCAGGAAACUGGAGUCUCUUUCCAGCAAGGUGGAUUCUCCCCGGACUAUUGGCAGCCCUUCCAGUCAGGACGAGGAGCAGACGAGCUUCAGUGGCCCGACGUUACAUAAAGAGAAGAAGAAUGAGCUUGGUACAAUCAUGAUUCUUCAGGAGCAGAAUGCAGGACUGCAUCAGAGUCUGCUGAAGACGGCGGUGAGGAUGGAGUGUUUGGGAGAGGAGUUCAUGAGCAGCCAGAAGCUUCUGGAGGCAGAACUUCAGAGGACACGUAUGGAGCUGAGCAGCCUCACGGAGAGGUUUAAAAGACUACACGACAACUGCUCCUCCACACAACAGAAUAACAGUCUUCUCGAACAAAAGCUUCAUUCAGUGACUCAGAGUAUGGAAGGAGAACGUGAGAGGCUGAACCAUCGUAUCUCAGCGUUGACGGAGAAGCUCGCUGAUGCGAAGUUCGCCAACAGCGUGGAAGCGUUCACCUUCAUGGACAACCACAACUAUGGAAAGGCCACAGCCGGUGGGCAAGACCAAUCUCUGGGCUCGGUUCCAGAGGAGGAGGAAUCGGACUGGUCUGAGAUGGGAGAAGAUACCCCGCAAUUCAUAAUGACAGGGUCAAACAGAGGGCAAGUGUGGAGAAACCGGGUGGGAGACAUGGACAAAGACAGCGAGUCAGGGGGUGAUGAAAUAUUCAGACCACACUCUCCACGCCCGCUGCAGAUACCUCACCUCCAGUUCACCAUCCAUAAUGAGAAUCUGUCCGAUGGCAUGACAGGUGAUGGCAGGAUCUCCACAAGUCCGACCCACGGCAACGCCAUCCUUAUCCGGUCAGCGAGCCUGGAGGAAAUCCCUUUGGCACGCCAUCACAUGCAGAAGGAGCUCAGGGGCACGGAGGCCAUGAUGGACCUCCACCACCGAGGGGGCGUAGGCAUCGAGGAUUUAGAUAACGAGAUCAUUCACCACUGGAGGGCAGGCAACGGCAGGGACACGACUAUGGAGAGCAUGAGGUCCGAGGCAGAAGGCAGCUUCGCCAAUCUGCAGACAGCCGAGCGGAUUCUCAACCAUUUCAUAUGCGAACAGCAGCCGGGUGAAGGCAAAGGUCAGAGCAGGGCUGAGAUGCACGGCUGGAUGGGAGGGCUCCCAGAAGAAGUGCUGCAAGGAGAGCGAACUCAGCUCUGACAGAAACACAAGUGCACCGUUCACUGUGUCUGACAUCAUAAUUUACUCUGAUCUUAAUGAACUCGGAAAAGUUCAACGACGUUCUGUUUCAGUGGCUCGGUGGUUCAGCCUCUCCAAUUAACAUGAGGUUUGAGGAGAGCUGACCUUUGAAUUCAAACUGUAAGAUUUACUUUAAUUGCCUGUCUCCAAUUAACUUUUUACUUUUUUUUUUUUUUCAGAAAGCAUAGCUGGCUCCCUCAUUUGUUCCGUGAUAAAAAGAAAAGUUAUCUGAAAUGAAUAGCCUAAUUGCAUUACAUAACCUUAACCUUAAAAAUCAAUACAAUCAACAUUUGCCAAGAUAAACCUUUAUUAGUCCCACAGUGGGGAAAUUGGAGGCAGAUUAAAUAAUAUAUAUAUUUAAACAUUAUGUGUACCUUGAAACUUACUCUGCAGCUUAGAUUUGGUCAUGUAAUAUUAAAGUGUAAAUGUAAUUUUGAUGCAUAAAUGCAGAUGUAGCUGUAUUUCCUUUCCUGUUCUUUCAUUUCCACAGAUAUAAAAAGUAGUUAUUCUGUUUAUUUGUUUGCUGUAUUGCAUGAAACAUUAUGUAUUCAUAUAAGGUGUACUUCUUUGUGUAGGUAGCCAUAAUUAUGUGUCGGUGAUUGCUAGUUUAAUGCUACAUAACUGUGUUAAGCACAAUCUUAAAAUCAGCAACCGUUUUCCUGUUAAUUAGUCUGGUUAGCAUUUAAUAAAUGACAUAAUGUAAACUUACAAAACAGUUAUGAAGUAGCUUUUAAAUGUAUAUUUUCCAAAAGCGUUGUCCCGUCUUUGUGUGAAACUUUAAUUUCCUCUGAUACCAAUAAUUACACCUGCCGAAAGAAAUUAAACUAAUUUCUCAACCUUGAGUAGCCGUCAUCCAUGUAACUCAUGUAACAUCUAAUAAAAUGAAAACUGACAACA